AGAGAGAGAAGCACAAGGAAAUCCUGGCAGUGGAUGCAGAAUGGGAGCGUCGCCAGCUUGUUUAUAAGGAAGUGAGCGCUCCAAAGCGGCAGCAUAGUUGCGUGUUUUGUGCAGACGAAGAGCGUGGCCACCGUCGGACAGCAUGAGAGCCCUCGUCCUGUUUGUGUGCCUGUCAGUGGGCUGCCUGGCUCAGAAACCACAGCGAUGCAAAUCCCCCCCACUGCUGACUGGAAGCUUCUCUGUGUCCACCGCAAAUGAGAAGCUGAUGGCCUUUGCCAAGUACAGCUAUGAUGCACUGGGAAAGCGCAUCCGCCUCAGAGAAGUUGGAUCUUUUAAAAAGAAGACCUUCCACACUGAUGUCCUUCUGCUCUACAAACUGGGUGUCAUGUAUAAGAUCAACAACAGGAACCGCACGUGCUGCAAGAAGCGACUGGGUGCACAUUUCCACCCGCUGGAGAUCCCACGGAAUGCCUCUCUGCUGGGGCAGGUUGUGUUGGGAAGCUCCUCUGGUCCAGGACAGGGUCUCCUGGUCAACACCUGGGCAGGAGAGCUGCGGAUGAAAAAGGGAUCAGCGAAGUACAUGGCCACCGUCACAGAGUUUGGAUGCAUUCCUGUCAGCACUCUGUUUCACACCGACAAGAGUGGAUGGGUGGUGACCAGCUUCUUCAACAAUGUCAUCGGACUCGUGGACCCUCACCACUUCAUCCCUCCAAAAUUCUGUAAGGAUGCCAAGCUGGAGAUCGAGGAUGGAGAGGAUCCAGUGACCUUCUACAGCUCGUUUUAAAACAAAGCCAGUUUCAAGAAUUCAGUGCACUGUGACGAUGACUACUGUAUAUGACUCUUUGCACUAUUUUGUCACUUUGUUUUCAGUGGCCAUCUUGCUGCAGUAGCGUUUGUGAGCAAACUGUCUGUGUAACACUAAUGUCAGUCAAUUUUAAUGAAUACAUGUGUUGGGGUUUAAUAGUCUGAUAUUUGUGAGGACAAAACAUUUAUAUUGUUCUCACGUUGAAAAUCAUUUAUGCAUUUAUACAAAUACAGGUGAAGUGAGAAAUGAUAUGUAGCCUACAAUAAUUUCACUUGUGCCUGAACAGGAAACAUACAUGUAUGUCAGUUGUGUUUUUAUUUGUGCUUUUUUCUUUUUGCCAAAUAUUAAAUCAGUUGAUGAGAUA